AGCCUCGGACGGUCGAAGGGGCCGCUCGGGGCUCUAACUUCCCUGAGCGCGCGGGCCGAAGCUGGUGUGGCGCGAAGCCUGAACGCGUCGGAUCGCAGCGCAGGCUCUCACCAUGGCGGAAAGCGGCCGGACGCUUCAGGCCCGGGCGCUCCUGCAGCAGUGCCUGCAUGCCCAGCUGCAAGUUCGCCCAGCCGAGGGGGACGCCGCGGCCCAGUGGGUGGAGGUUCAGAGAGGACUAGUGAUCUACGUGUGCUUUUUCAAGGGAGCUGAUAAAGAACUUCUUCCCAAAAUGGUUAAUACACUGUUAAAUGUGAAAUUAAGUGAGACGGAAAAUGGCAAGCAUGUCUCUAUAUUGGAUCUGCCUGGCGACGUUCUUAUCAUUCCUCAGGCCACUCUUGGGGGAAAAGUCAAAGGAAGAAACAUGCAGUAUCACUGUAACUCUGGAAAAGAAGACGGGUUAGAACUUUAUUCCCAGUUUGUGACUCUAUGUGAAAAAGAAUUAGCUGCUAACAGCAAGUGUGCUGAAGCUGGGGUUGUGGUGGAACACGGCACUUACGGGAACAGGCAGGUGUUAAAGCUGGAUACCAAUGGACCAUACACACACCUAAUUGAGUUUUGAAAAAUUAAAAUUUGUUUCUACGAUUGUUUCUGGAAUAAAAUGAUAUGAACUGUUACUGGA